AUGCAAGUUGAUGAUAAAUUUGUCAAGGAGAUGUUCCUGGAGCGCCUGCCCACAGAUGUUCAAACGAUCCUGGCGUCCGGCUCUCAGGAUCUCUCAGUGUCACAGUUGGCUGAGGUGGCCGAUCGAAUGAUAGAGGUGCAACGAUUCCAGUCACCUUCCGUUGCCCAGAUCUCAUCCUCAUCGUCAGUGAAUGAGCAUUUACUAAAACAGGUGUCGGCCAUGGCAGAUGAGAUGGCCUCUCUUAAAAUACAGCUCGCCAGCCUAACUUCCAGUCGCUCACGCAGUCGUCGUCGUUCUCGUUCGCGACCUCGGACUGCUGAUACUUGCUGGUACCACACUAAUUUCGGCGUAAAGGCCCGUCGCUGUUCCUCACCUUGCUCUUUUAAGCCAAAACAGGGAAACCAGUCAGCCAGAGAAUAGAUGCGACCGUUUUCUCUGGCUCCUCCGGCUCUGGUCGCACCUUUUAUGUUUGCGACACUGCGACUUGCAGACGUUUUCUGGUGGACACUGGAGCUCAAAUCAGUGUUGUUCCCCCAACUGCAGCUGAUCGCCGUUUCCCUAGUCCUGGUCUUCAUCUUCAAGCUGCUAACUGUUCCCCAAUUCCCACUUUUGGCAGUCUGUCCCUCACCCUGAACAUUGGCCUUCGUCGGUCAUUUACUUGGAUCUUUGUGAUUGCUGAUGCCCCUCAUGCAAUCCUCGGCUCGGACUUCCUUGCCGAGUUCGAUCUCCUUGUUGACUGUCGACGUGCCCGUCUCCUCGACCGCAAAACCGGUCUGUUCGUCCGUGGACUAACUCCAUUUACUGCCCCCACCAACUUAUCUGUCCUGGAUACAGAUAUUGCUAGUCCUUGUUCGGGCCUUCCAUCAGAUUCCUUUCGCUCCUGAGGAUGUUCCCAAAACUGCCGUCACCACACCAUUCGGCCUGUUCGAAUUUGUUCGCAUGCCAUUUGGUCUUCGCAAUGCUGCCUAAACAUUUCAGAGGUUCAUUGAUCGAGUCCUACGUGGUCUCCCGUUUGUGUACGCCUACAUCGAUGACCUCUUGGUGGCCAGUCGCAAUGCCGAGGAACACAAAGAGCAUCUUGCCUUAGUGUUUGACCGCCUCGAUCAGUUUGGCGUGGUCAUUAACCCUUCCAAGUGUGUCCUGGGUGUGCCGUCCCUUGAUUUUCUUGGUCACCAUAUCGAUGCACAAGGUUUGCGUCCCCUCUCUUCCAAGGUUGAGGCCAUUCGUGACUUUCCUCCACCAACCUCCAAGCGUCAGCUGCAACGUUUCCUUGGCAUGGUAAACUUUUAUCGCCGGUUCCUACCGAACUGUGCCGACCUUAUGCUGCCACUCACCAACUUGCUCUCUGGUCCCAAGGGUCCCCUUGAGUUACGUGGCCACGCGCUGACUGCAUUUGAGAGAAUAGAGACCUCCCUUGCUGAUGCUACCUUGCUCACUCAUCCUGCUCCAGAAGCCCCAUUGUCCCUCAUGGUUGAUGCUUCAACCGUUGCCGUAGGAGCAGUCCUCCAACAGCAUAUCAACAACUCGACACGACCGUUGGCAUUCUUCUCCAAGAAGCUUUCACCUGCCGAGACGAGAUAUAGCACGUUUGGCCGUGAACUUCUUGCCAUUUACCUAGCCGUAAAACAUUUCCGACACUUCCUUGAGGGUCGUGACUUCACCAUUUUCACAGACCACAAACCACUUACAUUUGCCAUCCGAUCCCAUUCUGACAAAUAUAGCCCGAGAGAGAUUUCUCAUUUGGAUUACAUCUCGCAAUUCACCACCGACAUCCGCCACAUUGAUGGCCCGAAGAAUGAGGUGGCUGAUAUGCUGUCCAGACCCUCACUGUCUUCCCUCCAACUCUCACACGGGAUCGAUCUUUGUGCCAUGGCGGCUGAGCAGCAGCGAGUCGGUUGUCCUGGCGACGAGUCUGUUAGUGGUCUUCAGCUCAGAGACGUUCCUCUGACCACCGGCUCUGGUACCAUACUUUGUGACGUCUCAACUCCCUUUCAUCGCCCUUUUGUGCCCGCCUCGAUGCGUCCAGCUGUAUUUCAAACUCUACAUGAACUCUCCCACCCUGGGAUCCGAGCCUCUCAAAAGCUCCUCGCGGAAAGGUUUGUCUGGCCUGGCAUGAACAAGGACGUCAAAGCUUGGGCCCGGUCGUGUCUGAGCUGCCAGCGCAACAAGGUGCAGCGUCACAACAAGUCCCCACCAGGCACCUUCCCCAGUCCCGACGCACGGUUCAGCCAUGUGCACCUGGAUGUCGUAGGCCCCUUGCCUCCAUCCAAUGGUUUCACCUACCUCCUUACCUGUGUCGAUCGAUAUACUCGCUGGACUGAAGCUAUUCCUUUGCCGGAUGUUCAGGCUGAAACCAUCGUGAAGGCCUUCGUCAGUCGUUGGGUCGCCAUGUUCGGUGCCCCAUCCACGGUUACGACUGAUCGUGGUGCCCAGUUUGAGUCGGCUCUCUUCCAAACGCUACUCAAUUUCCUUGGCUGCACACGCAUUCGGACGACAGCCUACCACCCCGCUGCCAACGGUAUGGUGGAACGUUUCCAUCGCCAGCUAAAGACCGCCCUGCGUGCCGUAGAAGACCCAGGAAACUGGUCGGACAACCUUCCUCUUGCACUCCUCGGCAUCCGCGCAGCUCUGAAGUCAGAUCUGGGCUGUAGCGCAGCCGAAUUGGUUUUCGGCACUACCCUCCGACUGCCAGGCGAGAUGAUCACCCCAACCUCUCGUGGAGCCGACGAGACUCCUGACAAUCUUGUGCACCGUUUGCGGCAAUUCAUGCGCUCGCUUUCCCCGGUUCCACCUCGAGCUCCAAUGACUGAGUCUUAUGUCGAAAAAGACUUGGACAAAUGUACUCAUGUGUUCGUCCGGUGUGAUCGUGUGCGCCAGUCGCUGGAAUCACCAUAUGAAGGACCGUUCCGCGUGCUCGCGCGCAACACCAAGACCUUCCGAAUUCUUCGCAAUGACAAGGAGGACGUGGUCAGUGUCGAUCGGGUCAAGGCUGCUGUUGCGGAGGAGCCGCCGGACCUGUCACAAGGACAAACAUGUGCUGACCCCCUAACCCCUGUUCCUCCAUCUUCCCUAUCCCCUACUCGUUCACCCUGCCCACUGCCUUGCCCUUCCCCUCCCUUGCCCUCUACCCCUCCGUCCCGCAUACUUCCUCUCCCUACAUGUCAACAGCAUCCAACUGCAACACCAUCGUCCACCACAGCACGCAGUCAACCCUCUUCGACUGUACCUCCUGCAUGCAUAACUCGCAGUGGCCGUCACGUUCAUUUUCCCGAUCGUUUAGUUACCCAUUUUUUCUAG